AUGACGUGGUCCGACUAUGGGAUGCUCGCAGCGUCCAUCGGCCUCCCCAUCGGGCAGGGCUUCCUCUCCGCGACGCUCUUCGGCGGUGGCGAUUCGCCAUGGUACAGGAGCCUCGACAAGCCCUCGUGGACCCCCCCGGGGUGGGUGUUCCCGGUGGUGUGGAUCAACCUCUACAUCAUGAUGGGCGUCGCUGCGUGGCUCGUGUGGCUGCAAGGAGGAUUCUCCGUGCAAGCUCUCCCACUGGGCUUCUACCUGUUUCAGUUGCUGCUCAACUUCCUCUGGACGCCGCUCUUCUUUGGCAUGCGCAAGAUUGACUGGGCGCUAGCGGAGAUAGUGCUGCUGUGGCUGUCAGUCUUCAGCACCAUUGUGCUCUUCUGGCCUGUCAGCAAGCUCGCCUCCAUCCUGCUCUGGCCCUACAUCGUCUGGGCAUCCAUCGCCACGAGCCUCAACUGGUACAUCUUCCUGCACAACGCUCCCACGCCCGGUGCUGAUGGCCUUGCCCAGCCCCUCCGAGCCUCCGACUGA